AUGCUUUGUGGCAGCAAAAAUGAACAGGUCUCAGAAAAGAAACCUAGAUUUGUGUUUAAAUCAAAAUCCACAAGCUCUGGAAGUUGGACACCUCCUUUCAAAAACAAUAAUGUUCAACCCAAGACAAUGAUUGGGACGCCCCCUAUAAUUACAAAUGGACACCAAGAGUCGACUCCACCAGUAGCUAAGAGACCAACAUUAAACAAUGGCAUAAGUCCUAUCACACAUAGCCAUACAAGGGAAGACAAUCAAAGCAAUGAUAUAUUUGAAAUGGAUGUUGAUGAUGUCCAAAUCUUUCCAAAGGUCAAUAAACCCAAACCUGAGUCACGAACACCAGAGAAACAGAACAGAUCAAUAAGAAUAAGUUCCACCCCAACCCCACCAAAGAACAGACCGGAUAAACAAACUAAACAGAAGAAAAUAUUAAAGACACCUGAAAAAGAGGUUGCCAGUAAAGAUAAGGAUCCACUCAAGAACAUUAUGGUGGAUAAAUCAUUAACAGGGUUUUUGGACAAGCUGUCUUCUCACUAUGAAACUGUCACAAGCUUAAAGGAUGAAGUUAGUCCGGAGCACGUGGAGCGUUCUAAAGAUCUGUACAUAGAGUUACUGGAGAAAAUAUUUCACGCCUUUGACAAAAUACCAAAUUGUAUAAAGGAAAAGUUUCCAGGGUACGACAAAAGGGUCUAUGCUAAAGUUAAACAAUUUCAAUAUAGAUUCAAGAAAAUAUUAGCAAAACCCAAGAGGAAAAGUUCCCAAUCAUCACAGGACAGUGAUAUUAGGCUUAGUAAUGGAGAUGGCAAUUUGAACGGUAGUAGCAGUCCUUCUUUAUUGAGUAAAUAUGAAGAAAAUAAUGAUUUAGAUGAUUUUGACUUAACACCUAGUAUAAAAUUUACGAAUAAACUUAGUACGUUAAAUGGAACGAGUAUAUCAACUACAACAUCGACACCUGAUAUAGCUUUAAGUAAUAAAGGACCUAGAAAAGAACUGAUACCUAGAUCAUCACUAUCAUUUGACGCCUUUUCACCACUAAAUAACUCGUCCAAACUAGAAACAAGUUGUCAGUCUGAAACAGAAAGUACAAGUUCAGAUCAAGUCAAAGGCAAAGGGAAAUUUGUUUUCAAAAAGCCUUCAAGACUUACUCUAGAAGAGAACAAACCGGGACCCAGUAGCAUACAGUCUUCUACAGCAGAAAGAAUAAGGAAUGCUUCGGAGAAAUUGAAACCUGUACCUACGAUUGAAAGUCCAAAAUGUGCACCAGUGCCUCUUAGUUCUAUAGACUUUCAAGCACCACAGUUUAGCAAAUCUUCUCUUAUCAACAUGGAUGGACCUAGUACAGAUUCUACUAAAGAUGAUGAGAACAGUGACCCAAUGGAUGAUUACGAAGUACCAAUAGAUAUGGAUGAUGUUACUGAUAUAAUGCCAGAAGCGUCUCAGUCAGUUAUAAACAUCAGUGACUCAGUAGCCAGUACAAGUAAUAUAGAUAAUCUUACUCAGUCAGAUAUACCAGUCGAUGAGGAUGGUUGGCCAGUGUAUAGGCCUGAAGAUUUUGAAGAAAAUGUUAAAGAAUGUGAUUUAGAUACACAAGUGUUGAAUCUAAUGGAUGAGACGGUGGUUAAAGAGAAUACUACUAAAUAUGAAGGGAUGGGUGACUUCCAUGCUGGUACGCAAAACGAUGGUAUUACUGGUGAAUUCGACGGUCUAGACUACCCUCACUCAGCGCUAAUGAUGGAGGUGUUCCAAGAAAGGUUUGGACUCAAGUCCUUUCGCCCCAAUCAGCUACAGGUCAUUAACGCUACGUUACUUGGACACGAUUGCUUCGUGCUCAUGCCUACUGGAGGAGGCAAGUAUCUGAGUAAAUCCCUCUGCUACCAGUUACCCGCCAUACUGAUGCCCGGUGUCACCAUAGUUAUAUCUCCACUGAAAUCCCUCAUAUUAGACCAGGUCAACAAACUACUAUCCCUUGAUAUCCCCGCAGCGCACCUGUCAGGCGACGUGUCCCUGGCGGCGUGUGACGAGAUAUACCACAAGUUGUCGAUGCGUGAGCCGGCCAUCAAGCUGCUCUACGUCACGCCAGAGAAGAUCUGCAGCUCGCCCAAGUUCCAGUCCAUGCUUAGUAUGCUGUACUCACGAGGGAAACUUGCGAGGUUCGUGAUAGACGAGGCGCACUGCGUGUCGCAGUGGGGCCACGACUUCAGGCCGGACUACAAGCGGCUGGCCAUGCUGCGCCAGCAGUUCCCGGCCGCGCGCCUGGCCGCGCUCACGGCCACGGCCACGCCGCGCGUCCGCCUCGACAUCCUGCACCAACUACACGUCUCCUCCUGCAAGUGGUUCCUCAGCAGCUUCAACCGACCCAACCUAGCCUACAGGAUACUGGAGAAGAAACCUAAGUCUAUUAAUCAAGACAUUGCUGCUAUUAUCAAGGAGAAGUUUUUCAGAAAAUCCGGUAUAGUAUACUGCCUAUCGCGCAAGGAGUGCGAGCAAUGCGCGACGGACCUGCGCAAGGCGGGCGUCCAGGCGGCGCCCUACCACGCCGGCCUCAGCGACAAGAAGCGGGAGGAGGUCCAGGCCGCAUGGGUCGCUGACAAGUACCAUGUCAUCUGCGCAACAAUAGCGUUUGGUAUGGGCGUGGACAAGGCGGACGUGCGCUACGUGAUCCACCACAGCCUUCCGAAGUCCGUGGAAGGUUACUACCAGGAGACUGGCCGCGCCGGCAGGGACGGGGAGCGAGCCACGUGUCUACUCUACUACUCUUACUGCGACGUUGUCAGAUACAGGCGGUUACUUGAUAUGGAACGUAACACAAGUCCGGAGGCGCGUCGCGUGCAUGUGGAGAACUUGCUCCGUAUGGUGGAGCUGUGCGAGGGGGUCAGCGAGUGUCGCCGCGCGCAUGUACUAGCUUACCUGGGGGAGCGGUACGACAGGGCGCUCUGUAAGAAGGACCCCGCCACUGCAUGCGAUAACUGCCUCAAUGCUACUGAUUAUAAGCCAGUGGACGUGACGGAGGAAUGCAAGUUGAUAGUGCGGUGCCUGCGCGAGGUAGGCGCGCGCUGCAGCUUCACGCUGCUGCACGUGGCCGACACCCUGCGCGGCUCCAGGCAGCAACGGCUGCAGGCGCUGCAUGACUCGCCCAUACACGCCAAAUGCAAGUCGUGGCACCGCGGGGACCCGAUGCGCCUGCUGCGGCAGAUGGUGGUCCGCGGCCUACUGGCCGAGCGACUCGUCGUCAACAACGACAUCGCCAGCGCAUACGUCGUGCUUGGGCCUAAUGUCGACAAACUGAUGGUAGGCGGACUCCGCAUAGUGUUCCCGAUGCGAGUGGGCGCGGCGCGCGGCGCUCUGACCGUAGCGCCGGUCGCGGGCGCCGCCUCGCCCGUCGCCGCGCUACUGCAGCGACUCGAAGAACGAUGCUAUGCUGACCUGGUUGAGGCCUGCCGUGAAAUGGGCAAUGCUCGCGGCGCGUCCUUAGCGGCUGUAUUACCACAAGCGGCACUGAAGGCGAUGGCCUCGCGCCUGCCGGAGAAGGCCGAAGACAUGUUGGCCUUACCUUACGUCACCAGGGCCAACUACCACAAGUACGGUGAUCAACUACUGCAGAUCACCAGCGCGUACGCCAUCGAGAAAAUGGGAAUCCUCAUGGAGUACCAGGAUGAAUUGGAACAAAAUAACAAGAAAGAGGCUGAGGAAGAAGAAGGGUCGGACUCUGACACGGAUUGGAGCAGGGUGGCGAAGGAUGCAUCGUCUUUGGAUACUUCUAGGGGAUCCGGGGGCCGCAGGCGUGGGGGGCGGACUUACCGCGGCGGAGUGAGGAAGAGGUUUAAACGCAAGCCGACGUCAGCUGCGAAGAAGAAGGCGGCGCGCGGUGCCUAUGCGGGGCGAGCUCGGACCGGGGGCAAGGCUUCUACAUCUACUGCAGCUACUACUUCUACAGGUCGGCUAGGCAGCAUGCCAGUACCGCGCGGCACUAGCGUCCAGCUCAACACUCGGCCCGGAGUCUUUAACCCAUCACGACUUAACCUCAUAUAAACCAAACAACGUACAAUUAUACUUUCCAGUGUUUCACGCAGUUGUUUUUGCGAAUACAAAAUUUGUUUAUUUAUUUUGUAUUAAUUGUUCGAAC